UGAAGGAGGGAGGACAGCGAUCGCAGCGCGCGCGCAUCACUGGAAUACGCAGGGUUAUGAUUAUGUUGGCACCAUGUUCCAGGUGUGUCUCGGCCGGUCCGGUGGGGUCUAGCCGAGGUCUCCCGCGCGCUGCCUGAUGUGCUCCUCAACUUCGCGAUGCCAGUUUCUCAGUUUGGACUUUUCCGAUCCGAUCGGAACCCCGACUGGCUGCGAAGAAUAGAAUGGGGACCGUGCCCGAGGGUAACAGCUGUCUGAUAGAAUAAGGCAUCCCAACGAUCAGAUUAGUUAUGGAUCCCAUGCCGGACUACUCCCUCUUCCUGAGCAGGAUCCUGGAAGAGCUGGACGCCAAACACAGCAGCAUGUCCUACCAGGAUCUGUGUAAGUCCUUGUGUGCCAGGUUCGACCUGGUCCACUUGGUCAAGCUCCGGAGCCUGCUCUUUUAUACUGCUUGCCUGGACCCCUGUUUCCCUGCUACCUUGUUCCGGGACAAGAUGCGGAACACCUCUGAAGACCAGCAGUCCAGGAAGCUCAUGGCAGCUGCUGAUAUUGUCACCAUGUUCAACCUGAUCCAAAUGAACAACGGCCCUGCAAAAGACAGGCUGCCCAUAAGCCAGCGACCUAAGUUCCAAAAGAACCAGUCCUUCGAGUCAUGUCGGUCAGACUCUGACAUGUACAAGUAUUCUGACUGUGAGAGGAGCAGCGACCCCUCAUACAAGCCCACGCCGAGGCUCUCGCCUUGUUCGAAAUCUGACUUUGGUGAUCGCCAGCCGUUCGCGCCGACCUCUAACUCCAGCCGUCUCCUGGGUGUAAACAGGGAUUUAAAAUGCAGAGCAGCCUCGAUGGAGAAGCUGCAGCACCUCCCACAGUACCCCCUCAGUAGUACACCCUCAUGCACUAUGCAGAGCACAUACUUCCCCAUGGAGAUAGACAGCGAAUCCACCACAGAUCAGGACUCACUGCAGCUAAACCCAGGUUUAAAAAACAGAUUUGCUUCCUCUGUCGAACCGUUUUCAUUGCACUCGUGUGUGCAAAAGAGGAACAUUUUCAAGGAGGAUUUCCACAACUUUGUGGCCUUUUCUCCCCAAGUAGUUAGCGCAGAGUCGAAAUCUAGGGACGACCUAUGUGGGGUGUUCCAGCGGAGAGACUCACAGAAACACGCUGCCUUUUUUAACCACAGCUUUGAACUGCCUUAUAGCAACCCUUACUUUGAAUCAUUUAGCCCCCCUUUACAGGAGAAAAAACGGGCAAAACAUGAAAGUUUGGACGACCUUCAGGCAUCCACAUAUUUUGGACCAACAACUGUCUCAGAGUGUGUAAACAACAAGAGGACUUUGGGGAGGCAUGGCAGGCAGUCUCCUUGGCCUGUGAAGAGCCUGAGCCUGAACACAGAUGAGGGGCCAGACUUUGAGGAACCCUUCCUCACUUCCAAGCUCUCUAAAGAUGGUCAUCACAACAAGGUGGGAAGCAUGGAGACUGUGCUACAUUACCCAGGUGCCAAAGAAAAACUGGCAAGCUCACCAUCAAGGUUUGGCAUUCAGUCCAAUGGCCCAAAGUCACAGGAUGUGGCCUCCGUAACCAAUGGAGCAGUUGUGGACCACAGAGAGGGUGUAAAGAGGUUUAAAGACAAAAGCGUGAACUGUCCAUCCCUUCAGGCUGGGGGAGGAGAUGGUGGACUAAGUGUUGGUACACAGACUGACCAGUCUGAGCAGAGGAAACCAAGAAACUCCUACAAGCUCUCGGAGGAGGACUUGGAACUGGUCAGCGAUGACAUCAGCGAUAUCUUCCGUUUCCUGGAUGACAUGAGUGUUUCUGAUUCCCUGGGAAUCCUCCAGUCAUCACGCUACAACAGCAGUGGGUCUCUCACACAUCUAACAAAAUCAGACGGCGACAGCUCCCCAGAAAAUGCUGCCACCAAGCUAAGCAAAGCUAGCCUCAAACUAGAUCGACUCUUUCAGUCGCUGGAGAACACCGACGGGGAACUGAAAGCCAGUGUUUGCAAGCUGGUGCUCAGGAUUGGGGAAAUCGAGAAAAAACUGGAGUCCCUCUCUGGGGUACGUGGUGAGAUCUCCCAGGUCCUCUCAAAGUUGAACAAGCUGGAUGAGAAGAUUCAGGAGCCAGAGGGCAAUGGAAGGUCCACCGAAACAAGCACAGCCAAAGAAACGCAACCAGAGAACAAACCCUCCCCAAAUGUUGCCCAGUGUCAUACCCCUGGGCCUACUGCUGGGGUUGGUGGUGGCCCAGAGUGGUGCUGCUCUGAAGCCAGCGGCAGCAACUGUGACAGCCUGCGGGUGAAAGCUCUGAAAAAGACAGUGUGCACCAGAAGGUCUUCUAGGACACUGAACGAGGAAAAUGGUAACACUGAGUCCAAGAUGCCCAGCAUCUCCAACUCCCCUAGGGAUUGGCGGGCCUCCUGCCCUGCUCACUCUGGGGAUGAUGGGAAGGACAAGGAUCGUAAUGGCAAGGAACGGCACAGAAAGUCUAAAGAGCCAGAGCGGCAGUGCGAUGUCCUUCAAGCCCACCGCUUAUCCAAAACUGGGAAAGAGCCCUACCUGGUGGAGCAGGUGUUCACCCCGCACCGCUUCCCACCAUCAGCAAAGUUUCCGGUGCGGAGCAGCCCCAUCUACGCAGGCAUGCGCCUGCUGGACCGACCAGAGUCCAAACGGACCCAGCCGCCCUCCUGGCCACUGGAGGAGUACAAGCAGGGCUCAGGAGACAAGGGCAAGCUCAGCUCGCUGGAUCUGCAGGCACAGGAAUCCUUGAACCCCAACCACAUGGAGUACUGGAUGGAGGACAUCUACUCUCCAGGCUACGAUUCACUGCUGAAGCGCAAGGAGGCCGAAUUCCGGAGGGCCAAGGCCUGUAAGAUAGGCGUUCUGAUCGCAGCGGCCGCCUGCACUGUGAUCUUAGUCAUCGUGGUGCCCAUGUGCACCAUGAAGUCCUGAUUUGCUCUGACUCUGCUGGGUUCCCUGCCUCCCCUUACGUGUACCAUGUUACUUGUCUUUGUUUAGAACCACUCUCUCCUGAGAGGAACAUGCAUGUAAACCCAAUGUGCAAGCAGGGUGGCAGUGUAAAAUUUUGUCUAUCAGUGUGUUUAUUAUAGAUACACCAACUGUUUGCAGUGACCCUUGGCAUGGCUCACGGGGCUGCUUUUCACUGAAAUACCUGUGAUCUCACUGCACUGAAGAGCUGUUCCAGAGAGCAGAGGGCACACGUUCUCAUCCUGCUACAAAUGUCAAACUGGUAGAUUGUAUGUGUGAACAUCGUGAUGGGCUUCUUUUCUAAGCAUUAUGUGAUGUUUUUUUUUUUAAUAUUCUAGAUUGAUAACACGUAUUUAUAGAUUUUAAUGAAAAUAAUUUUAUAGAGUCAGUUGACUCAUAGAAUAUGAGCAGCUAAGUGUCAGGAUUUUUGUUUCCUUUUGACUGUUCUUGAGGUUUUUGAUGAGUUUGUCAGCUGUGUUUUUUAAUAGACAGUAGUUAAAAUCAUAAGGAAACAGCACAUAACAAAAGCCACAAUGAAGCAUCUGUAUGCUUCAGCAAUACUGAAUGUAGGGAAAGCAGCACUGCUUAAGUAGAGCAGAACGGAACGAUGCUGACCACCUCUCUUCCCUUCCCCUUCUCUCAGCAGAGCAGUGGCUCCAUUACAAUGAUGCCCCUAUGAGCAAAAUUUCUGCAGCUUCUCUGUGGGGGGUCAGCCCACCUCUUACUGGGUGAAAAAUUCAGACUUUCCGCAUUGUCAGCUGAGGAGAAUCAGAUUUUCCGCCCACGGGUUGGGGGGAGGGGGUUACUGGUAAGGUGACAUGGGCAGAUUUCUGCUUUAAGCUAUUUGGGAUUCUUUGCUGCUGCAGCUCAUGGGGAGGAGGGAUUACGGUUGGCCUUAUCGAACACUCUGACCCUGCCAAGAUGUGUGAAGAUCAGUCCAACCCCAAUGUAAUGUAUCUCUUAAUGUCUCUUGAGAUGUAUAAGGUGUGGAUGAAUACAAACUGUGCUGCCAGAGUAAUUCCCUGCACAAUGUCCGGCACUUACUACUUGUGGUUGAAAUGACUGACCUCGGAUCGCCUACCCUGCCUUGACAAACUCACACGUAUUCAUUUGGCUGGUGACUUGUAGAGGUACCGGAGCCACACUGAGCGGGAAACAACAGCGCUAAUCAGAAAUGGUAACCAGCAGCAUCUGAGCCAAAACAAAGAGAGAAGUGCCAUAUGGUUCAAGUUCAACAUGAAAUAAUUUAUAUUCAUCACCAGUGCACACACUUUACAUCGCUCUCAAAUGUGUGCAUUGAAAGUCUCGAGCGACAUGCUGUCUGAAGAGGUGAGCCUCCUGCUUUCACCCUGAAGGAUUUAUAUGGAGUCACAAGGGGAACUUUUAAACGUGUACCAGGUCUACAAUAAAAAUGCAGGGAUGUGAUCAGUCCAGUAGCACUGCCUUCAGAACAGGGGCUGUGAGCCGCCACUUACUGUAGCGUUUUGUAAAUAUGUUCAGGAUGCCG